GACGGGAACGAAGAUGAGUCAAGCGAACAAGGUGUUUGUCGGCAACCUCUCGGACAAGGUCAAGGAGAGCGACAUCCGCGACAAGUUCGAGAAGUUUGGCAAGAUCCUCGAGAUCAGCAUCAAGACUCCCUCGCGUCCGCCGUCCUUUGCCUUUGUCCAAUACGAAGAUGUGCGCGACGCAGAAGACGCUGUCCGGGAGCUGAACGGUACCGAGUUGGAUGGCAACACGCUUCGUGUUGAAAUCACCAAGCGUGGCCCGCGUGGCGAAGACCCCCGUGACAUGGAACGUGACGAACGCAGCAGGCGCCAACAUGGCACGUCGUACCGCAUCUCUGUGAGCGGCUUGUCCUCGGACACGAGCUGGCAAGACCUGAAGGACUUCUUGCGUGAUGCCGGCGACGUGGCCCAUGCCGAAGUCGAUCGUCGUGGCCAUGGUACCGCGUCGUUCCAAACUGCGGAUCAAAUGGAUCGCGCGAUCCGAAAACUCGACGACGAGGAACUCAAGGGCCGCCGCGUGCGCAUCCGAGAGGACUAUGAACGCAGUCGCGGCCGCUCCCGCUCUCGCUCUCGUUCUCGCUCGCCACCGCGUCGCCGCCGUCGGCGCUCUCCCUCCCGAUCCCGUACCCCACCUCGACGCAGCCGUCGGUCGGACUCGCGCAGUCCGCCGCGCCGCCGCCGCUCUCGUUCGUAAAUAACCCUAACACGAGAACUGAAUCCGCGUUGCGUGGAGCGUUGCGUUCGGAUAUAUUCCUUUUGGUACUGCCAUCAACCACCGUCGUCUCUUGUCCAUACGAACGGACUGUAUCUACCAUACUGUAGCCAUAAAAUCCUCGGAACGAUCUCAUGGUGGACCGCCGCCGCAUCCGUGGCCUAUAGCGGUCCCAUCGCAGCGUUGUCGCAUUUGCGACCCCCCUCACCUUGGAACUCCAUGCGACACCGUACAUGGAUUCCUCAUGGGAGCAUAUGCGUCCCAAUCUUGGCAACAUCAUCGCAUAUGGCCAACCAACCCUACCCUAUUGUUCUUGCUAUUAAUAUAUUACUUUCCUAU